GCAGAAGGUUUUCCUGUCCGCGGCAGAGCACUUGAAAACAUAAGGAAAGGGGAGUCUUCUCACGAACCUCGUUCCUUGUCUCUCCUCAACUCACAGGCUCACAACCCCAUCACUGGUGAGCUCGUGGCGAACACUCUGCUAGCGUCGUCUGCAUUUCUCUCCGGUUUCUAUCCGCGCGCGCCUUCCGUCAACCACCCGUCAACCACUGUCUGCGAGCUUCCUUGUCUCUGUCCGGUUUUACUUUGCCGCCCCGCUUCUGUCUUCGUCUAAAGUCUGCUUUCCACCUUUGUCUUUUGCUCUUCUCUCCUCUCGGCCUUCACAGCCUGCUGCAUCCUCAACCAAAAUCGUGUCGAAAGAAGUCCUUUUUCUAAGGGAUCUGCAGCCCAUUUCUCCUUCAUUUCCCUCAGCAUUACCUUCUUCCUCUCAGCGUCUUCGUGCCUGCACCGGACACCCAGCUGCGCCGCUGCUGCUUCACCUUCACACGCUUUCUCUCAGCCGACAUUCCCUUCCUACUCUCUCCUCUCAUCUCCUCCUUGUUCUACGUUCUACGUUUUCUCGCUGACACCGUCGCUUCUCUUUUCGUCUUCUUCCUCGCCUCCCUCGCCGUCGCUUCACGACUUCUCGGGUGUCUCUGCGCCCGCCCCUGGGGUGUACGUACACCUGACACCAUGUCGAUUCCCUGUCUCUUCGAAGAUCGCUUCGAGGUCCGCUCCGUGGACUGCUCCAAGUUUGAGCGGGUCGCGCGCCUGAAAGGAAAGAGUUCCGGCUUCGACGCUGACCUGCAGCUUGACGUCAACUCCGACCUCUUCCCUGUUAAAGAAAAACAGCGCUUGUACAUUGGAAUUACGAACAAUCUCCAUUCCUCGGGGGACGCCAGAAAAGAUGAUUCUGCCUGGACGGAGCCUGCCGCGUACUUGAAGGAAUACGACUAUGUCAUGUACGGCAAAGUCUUCCGAACUGAAGAAUGCUCUUCCGAACGCAGAACUCUCUACGCUUCGUUCGGCGGCCUGCUCAUGGCUCUGACGGCCGACAAGCAUGUUGUCGGGGACCUGGAGCUGGAUAUGAGAAUUUACAUUUUAAUUCGCAGAAGCGACGAAGUUCACUCGCUGCUUGCCUAGACGACGAGACGAGGAUUUUAAGUCUCCUCUGCCUCUCUUCAGCUCCAAUCAGAGCGUCUCUUCUCCUUCUCGUCGCAGUCCCCUCUUCACUUGGCAGGUC